AAUCUCAUUGUAAAAUAAAAGUAUAAAAGCAGAUGGUUAUAUGAUCGGUUCAAGAGACGAGAUAUUCUAGUCUGAACACAAAUAUUUCAAAUUAAUUUGAAGCUGAAUCACCUCCGAAUGAUGAUCAAAAAUACUUCCGUUGUUGUUUUAAUAUUCACAACUCUACUGCUGAAUACUCACAACGGUAUGGAGGGAAAAUCAUCAUACAAAACCUACUUAAAUCGAAGUGGGUUAUUCAACAAAACCUUUAUUGAUUUCACUGAUACUAAAAACGAAACGGUAUUUGAAGAAUGGAUAGAAUAUUCAGAUACAGACCAAAAAUCUAAAGCCACACUCUUACGAUUUAACGGACAGGUAAAUAUAAUUUAUACAUGCAAUUCAACUGACACCAUGUUUAGAACAACCAAUCAGCCAUUUUCUUCUAUCCACUCAACUCUGGACUAAAUGGAUCGAGUUUUGCUGGCGUCCACAAGAUAAUUUCUGAUCCGGUUUUGCCAGCAUAUGACGGUGUAGUAAUUGAUCUACAUAGACAAGGUCUAGAUUCCAAUUUCAAACUGAUCUUCUAUGGAAACUGUGAGGAUAUACAAAAUUGUGUAUCAUAUGAGUCAAAUUUCAAGGUGUUGUGAAAUUCAGUUAUGUAGAGUCAUUCAAUGUGUUUUCUAUGAAAUCUUUAUAGACAUCUGGAGGACGACAACGCAUAGAACUACCACUUAACAGAUCUACACAGGGCUUUCAUUGAAGACAGACUUCUGUUCCAGUCCCUUCAAACUUAAACCAAGUAUCUCAUUUCGAAAUACAAGCACAUACAAGUAGAAAUGAGAUUAAAGAGCACUUUGGUGCCCAAAAGUCAGUUUGAAUAAACCGAGCUUAUAUAGAAUUUCGACUACUUGAUCUGUAGCACUUAUUGAUACUAUGAAAAUUUUCAUUUAUAUUAAAUGAUUUUGUCAAUAAAUAUCACAUAUUCA